UCCUUCAAGCCCAUUCUGGCCAGCUCAUCUCCCACCAACUUUCUAAGGAAUUGAGAAGGUUGCAGGCAUCAUCUGUGCAUGCUAAUCCAAGACUACAAAAUGGUGGAGCUACAGAUUCAUGAACACAUGAUGCAUCAUAUCUGAUUAUUCACUGGCCUCUUCAGAUCAACAAAAAAUAAUCUUUUUUAGCAUCUCUGUCCAAACACAGUUCAAAAUGUAUGAUUAUUCACUGGCCCUUCACUCACCGUUGUUGUUUAAAUAUAUCUUAAUGCUGUUGUUGUAUAGAACAAUGGUAGCAGAUUUUUGAAGUGUGUGGAACAGUUGUUGGGGUAUGAAGGGUUUAGUUGAAUAGUUGCUAUUGUAUAGAACAGUUGAUGAAGGGUUUUGCAGAUUUUCAGAGAGAUAUUUGAAUUUAGCUUUGUUCUUUUGCUCUUUUUUCUUGAAUUUGAGGUUGGGAGUUUGGAAUUUCAGGUCCUCGGGGAGAGCGAUGGAUUUCAAUGUGAUCUUUAGUCUUUCUUCAUGAACUGGAAGUGGGUAUUUGGAAUUAUAGUUUUCUUUUUUUCCGGCAGAGAUUUGAAUUUUAGAUGUGUUGCUCUUUCCAUGUGCAUCUGAUUUUCUUCUAACAUCUUUCUUACUGUAGAUGGGGUGUUAAGAAGCCUCAAAUCAUGAAAAAUUUUGUCACGAUCUUGUCGAAUGCAGGUCUUGGGAUGGCCAUGUUCGGUCUCGGAAAGAUCAUUGAUAUGCUCAUCAUGUUCAGUCUCGGUAAGAUCAUUGAUAUGCUCAUUCGACGUGAGGGGUGUCAUCAAGAAAUAUGAUAGUCCCGAACAAAUUCUUGAAGAAUUCUUUCAUUUAAGACUUGAGUUCUAUGUAAAGAGAAAGAAAGUAAUGUUGGAUAAUCUUGAAAUAAAGCUGUUGAGAUUGUCUAACAAAGUCAGAUUCAUCAUUGGGGUGGUAGAAGGAGAGAUUAUUGUGAGUAACAGGAAGAGAGCAGAUCUGGUCCUCGAGUUGCAGUAGAAGGGUUUCACACCGUUCUCUAAAACCAAAGGCGUUGAUACCAGCGAGGCAAUGGAAACAGAAGAAAAUGAAGAGACACCGGAGGUGGGAAUAGUUGUAAGAGCAAGUGAUUAUGAGUAUUUAUUGUCGA